AUGUGCAAGUCGGUCUCAAUCAUGUGAGUUUUUCUUCUUCGAGAGCCUUCGAAUCGAAUUCUUUGCAGAAAAUGGGUAAUCGUGAUGCUCGCAGUGCUGACGACGCCGUGCACGUCUUCUGAAUUCGGAGUGACGCUCGGCGACUCGGCCAUCACACAGCUCAUCAGGCACACUGCUACGCAGUUUCUCGAGGAGACCAGAGUCGCUGAUGUUAGUCGUUUCUUGUGGAAAAAGAAAGCUUUGCCAUGACUCAUCCGUUCCGUUUCGCUCCCGUCGUCACAAAAAGCAACAUUUUCGCAUCAUAAUCGGAAUGAAGCGACGUCACACUUUCACCAGCAGCUACCUGUAUUUAAUAAGUCCUCAGAACCUAAUUUACCAGUCGACCCAAGUGUCUGUCGGUGACCCGGCUAAUUGGUCUCUCAUUUCGACGAAAUCAUCGUGUUCUUCCUCACUUUCGAUCCCUCUGCGCUCUCUUUCUCGCUUCGGAAAAGACCAGAUUACCCGAUCGUUUUGCCUCUUCCCUCCGCUCCUCAUGCCUGAAUCCGCGGCCGCCUAUUGAGUCAUCCUUGAAACGUUUGACCUACUUUCGAUUGAGGAACACGCACUGUGAAAAGGAAAAGAGCGUGAAUAGAAGGGACGGAAUCAGUGCGUCUGAAUGAAAUCUCUCUUCUGUUACAUGUACUCUUUGGGACGAUUCGAUCCCAUCCCAUCAACCUACGUCUAAUUCUAAUUCAAAUCCCCAUUCGCAAAACAAACAUCCGAUUAUCAGAACCUAAUCGAAUCUUCCGUCGUGCCCAAAAACCGUUUCUCCCUCCCUCUGUCGACCGGGCGGCGAAAAGGACCGUCUAAUUGGAUUGCGCCAGAAAUGACAAGCCAUUUUCGUGUGCGACGACUUGCCGCCGCCCAAGGACGGAAGAACAAACUCCUCUCUUCACUUUCUCCGCUUCACCUAAUUAGACGGGCUUUUUCUAAAACGAUGUUUUGAAUUGGGAAACGAAGAGCGAACCGUCGUAGGAAGGUGCCAAUGGCGAUUAGAAGUCGGAAUUCUGAUUAGUAUCAACCUCGGUCCACAAGUGUCACAAUCUGUUCCAAAUCUUUCUCAUUCCUGACACUGAUGACACGAGCGAGACAAAACAUUUUGCGGAUGAUCCGUAUCUUUUGUCUCCGUUCUCGGAAACAUCCACCCGGCGCGGCAAUAAAAGAGUGUCGAUCGGAGGCACCGAUCUCUCGCCGUUUUGCCCGUUUUCCUGCCACUUCGAGACUUAUUUGACCCUCUCCAGACAAGGACACCGCUGGUCGAACUGACCUUCGGAAUUCGAAUGUGAAAUUGUGAAUGGGUAGAAGAAGAUAAUGAGGAGGAGAAACGGAAUGAGCUAAUAUUUAUGGGUCUCCUUGAGCCGAUGAAAAAUUGCCUUAUUUCAGAUUCUUCUCAAGUCGAACGAUGAACCGACCUUCGGCUCUCUGGCACAUCUCAAGCUCUACAACACCGUCUCCUAUCGAAAUGUGUCUGUGCAAUUCCGACCCAAAGUUGUGCACGUCUUCUUCGAGAAGUGAGUUUGAUUCCGAAGGACUGACCAUUCGGUUCCCAUUGACAGUUACAAAAUGUGUUCCCGUCAAGGACGACACAUUUCAAUUCAAAAGGCAAAUAAAAUGUCGAAAUGUAUAGUUGGCACCCGGAUUACAUCCAAUUUAUAUGCGAAAAAGUGUUCGAAGUUCCCGUUCUUCAGUCUCAACAUCAUCUCGCACGCGAACCUCUCCGACGUCAUCUGGCCGCUUCCGUUCUCCGAUUCGCUCGUCGAUUCGCACGUGAAAGUGCCACGUGGACAUCUUCGAUUUAUCGUCGACAGACAGAAGGUCACUCUUUCGAAGUGCGCUCUGUUCAGCCCGGACGUCGGCUUCCAACUGAGAGACAGUUGGCUCGUCAAUAAGGUACUUUCGUUUUCUUUUUCGUCACUGUUUUUCUUUGCCAUUUAAUUCUGUCCUCUUUUGCCACUAAAAACCUGCUUCUCUCUCUCUCUCUCUUCCUGCCACUUGUCGUCAUUCUUCUCUGCCUUUCUGUAGCCGUUCAGCCAACGAACGACGCUAGUUAUAUAAAGUUAUGAUGAUGAUGACGACGAGGGAAACGAAGAACAAAAAGAAAGAAUCACAAAUUAUAGGGAAUAUCGACGCUAGGAUCGAUGGUUUCGUCGUUCUUCGAAGGAGCCAUCUGCUCGGCGCUCUCCUCGUCGACGUCCGAUUUGAAGCACAAUUCGGAGCGGAAGUUCCCGAUUUACGAGUUCCUUCCGAUGAAAGUGCAGGAGCACAUGUCCGCGAGGAACACGACGCUCUUCUACCGGUAAUUCUAAACUUCUUGCGCUCAUCUCGAACUGUAAUCCUUCAGAAUCAACUCGAUCGAAUCCGACGAGCAUCAACUGACUGUCCGUGCUCAGAUCGAAUGGCAGAAGCUGAUUCCGGCCACUUCCGACGACGCGUCACGCCUUCUGGACGGACAAGACGAGCGUCACAAUUCGACAAAGCUGAUGGACAUGGAAAUGAAGAACGGAGAUCUCGUGACCGUGUGGCUUGAGGACGCGAUUCUCAACGAAAUCCUCGACCAGGUCGGUGUGCAGUUCCCAAUGUAUUCAUCCGAGUUGUUUGUAGAUUGACUGGAAUUUCGAGUGGAUGAACGAACAGAUUCCAGUCUCCAGCCCGAUAAUCCCUCCAGAUUCUCGCGAAUUUCUCUCGACCCUCUGCACGGAGUGCUACUUCCAAGUGAAUGUGAACGCGAAAGGAAGGCCCACAAUCUCGGCCACCAAUUCCUCCCUCCAGCUCACAAAGUCAGUUCAUCUCGAUCCCUUUCUCAUUCGUAUUUUGCCUCUUUCAGAACUGAUCGAAUCCAUUUGGAAGUAGUCAAUCCGGACAGCAAAAAGACGACGGUGUUCGUCUCGCUCGUGCUCACGAUCCAGGCAGAGCUCCGCCCAUCGUUCGACAACGGGACACUCCGAACCGGCGUCGAAUUGCUGGACACCACGAUCGAGAUGGAGCAGGGAGCGUUCCCGGGCGGAUGGAAAACUUUCAUGAACGAUUUGAUUCGCGGAAUGAUUAUGGACAUGAUGUGGCCCGAAUUGAAGAGCGCCAUCGAAGAUCUGACCUACGGAAAAGGGCUCAAAUUGAGCAAGUUCUGCGGAAUCGAUCCUCAUAACGCCGCAAUUGAUAUAGGUGAGAAAUGAUGAGGGAAUCAAUCUGAAAACGUUCAAUUCUUGCAGCCGAAGGAAGUUUCUCGUUGAGCACGCGACUCGUGCUGCCAAUGUUCCAAGCUGAAGCGUGCAUCAAAGAUCUCAAGAGCUCCAUUCCGAACACGUCGAAGCUGCUGCAGAAAACGUCGCCGUCCGCGAGAAAGCGAUGA